AUGGGACAACAAAAUUCUACAGCAAAUACAGAAGUUGUGAAGGAGGAUGGUUUGCCGAGUUUGAUGGAGAGUACGGGUGGUGAAGUUGAGAUGGUUUUGUCGUCUGAUGCUAUCUCUCUUCCUCCACAGCAGCCUCCCAUGGUGGCAUCAGAUACUUUAGUUCCAAAUUUGUCAAACUUAAUUCAUGAUGAUAUGGUAGCUGAGGUUUCAGCAAGGCUGAAUUCUGAUCAGAAUGUUUCGGCCAUAGGUGUACAUAAUCCUUCGAUUCUUGCAAUUGUUGAGCCUCGAAUUUCUGGUUUGAGAGCGGAAAGAGUUCUUCGUAAGUUAAAAUUUCCCAAAUGGCAUGUGGCCGACCCUGUUGGUUUUGCUGGGGGAAUUUGGUUGAAUUGGGAUGAUGCAGUAGUUCACAUCACGGUGAUUAUUUCUUCUGCUCAAAUUUUGCAUGUCUUGGUGAAGCCUAAAGAUAGUGAGGAGUUUCUGUUGACAGUAGUCUACGCUAGUCCAAGAGUAGAGUUAAGAAGGUCUCUUUGGUCCCAUAUAGAGAAUCUUGCCCGUACUAUUAACGCUCUAUGGGUCGUGUUGGGAGACUUUAAUGAUGUUUCAAAUGCAUGGGAGAAGAUGGGUGGUGCAGUUCCCUCUCUUGCUAGGUGCAACCUGUUUAAUGGUAUGAUUACUAAUUGUGGUUUAAUGGAUUUGGGAUUUUCUGGUCCUGCUUUUACUUGGUGUAAUAAGAGGAAAGGUUUGAGGAAAGUCCAAGAGCAUCUUGAUCGUGUUCUAGCUGAUCCUAAUUGGCAGCUUCUCUUCCUUGAUGCUGCUGUUGUUCAUUUACCAAGAGUUUAUUCUGAUCAUUCUCCCAUUUUAUUGAAAAUGGAACCUGGUGUUGGCUCAGAUAAAACUAAGCGGCCUUUCCGCUUCCAAGCUAUGUGGAUGGCAGAUAAUGGGUUCCAAAAAAUGAUGGGUAAUCUGUGGAAGACUUUGGAAGGGAAUUUUAUUGCAAAAGAAGAGAAAUUGGCCUCGGCUCUUAUGGAAUGGAAUAAGUCAGAGUUUGGUAAUAUUUUUGAGAAGAAGAAAGAGUUGAGACCGCGUAUCAGUGGUGUUCAACGUGCCUUGGCUAAUCACAGGUCUCAUCAAUUAGAAUUACUUGAAGAGGAUCUUAUUGCCCAGUAUGAUAAGAUUUUGGAGCAGGAGGAGGGUGACCUGCAGAAGCGUGUUGUGAAAUAUUUUAAGGAGCUUUUUUCGAUUGAUGAUGGGGAGGUUCAGCCUCUUUCUCCACUUCCCCAACCUAUUCUUUCUUCCUAUGAGAAUUCUGAUUUGUCUAAAGCAAUUUCUUUUGAUGAGGUUCGUUGUGCUCUCUUUCAAAUGAAGCCAUGGAAGGCUCCUGGAUUGAUGGCUUUCAGGCGGGUGUUUAUCAAGAGUUUUGGAGUGCUUUUGGUACUUGUUAAUAGGCUGCGCCCUCUUUUUGAUAAGCUUGUUGGGCCUCUCCAAUCAAGUUUUAUUCCUGGCCGGCAAUCAGCAGAUAAUGUGUUUAUUGCUCAGGAGAUGAUUCAUACCAUAAAACGAUCUAAGAGUAAGUUGGGUUUGAUGACGAUCAAAAUUGAUUUGGAGAAGGCAUAUGACAGAAUUUGUUGGGAUUUCUUGAGGGACACUCUCAUUGCUUUUGGGUUUCCUGAUAGCUGGGUUAAGUUAAUCUUGUUUUGUCUGGAAAGCUCAUCAAUGGCUGUUUUGGAUGAUUUCUGCUCUGCUUCUGGGUCUAAAGUUAGUUUGGAGAAAUCUCAUAUGUAUGUCUCGCCCAAACCGGCUGGUGAUAAUGUGAGGUUGUCCAAGGUGCUUAACCUUGCGGGUCGUGCUGCUCUCGGUGGCUCAGAGGGUAAGCGAGCUCUUCAUCUUGUUAACUGGGAUGAGGUUUGUAAGCCCAAGAAAUACAGUGGUCUUGGAUUGAGAAAGAUGGAGUACCACAACCGUGUUCUUAUUCAAAAAACUACUUGGCGUUUUAUUACCCAACCUCAAAGUUUGUGGGUACAAUGUAUGCAUGCUAAGUAUAAAGUCCAAGGGGAUAUUUUUGAUUUUAUUAGAGAUGUUGGUGCUAAGAAGUCUGCUUGGUCUUCGUCCUGGAGGGGUAAAGUUGGGGCGUUGGAUGAACUUCAUCGUGGUUUGAAGAAGAGGGUUGGUAGUGGUGAAACUAUUCAUUUUUGGACGGAUCGUUGGCUUGAGGUUCCUUUGAUUGAUUUAAUUAAAGAUCUGCCCUCCUUUAUGGAUAUUACUUUGAUGAUUAGUGAUUUUAUGGUGAAUGAGGGAAAUUGGAAUGUGGAUAUGCUUUUUGCUCAAUUACCAGGUGAUGAAGAUAUUUUACAUGUGUUACGUGAUUGUGAGAAAGCCAAGCAGGUUUGGGUGCAAGUGUUUCCUUCUUCUCUACACUCAACUUUCUUUAGCUUAAUUGUUUCUGAUUGGCUAAAGCAAGGCUUGGAUUACAAAGGCAACUCUUCUUUCCAGGUACUGCUAGGGAGGUUCAUGCCGCUAUGUCUAAGCCCUCCUCCUGCAUUCGGAAGGAUCUUUGCAUUCAAUGGCAGUCUCCUUCGGUGGAUUUUGUCAACUUAUAUGGAUGGUGUAGCUAGGGGAAAUCCUGGUAUUGCUGGAGCUGGGGGUGUUAUCCGAAAUUCUGCAGGUGCAUGGCUUGCUGGGUUUGCUACUCAUCUUGGUACUUGCUCUAAUGUCGCGGCAGAGCUGCAUGCCUUACGGUUGGGCAUUCAGUUAGCUUGGCGAGAGGGUUAUAGGUCUGUUCUUUGUGAGGUCGAUGCGAAAGUCAUCCUAGAUCUUCUCCAUUCGACUGAUGUGGAAUUCCACCCUUUGGGAGCCUUGUUUAUGGAUAUUAAGGAAACGCUUACUUGGGAUUAG